CUUUCAUGGAAGGGAAAACAAGGGAUCUCCCAAAAAGCGAGUGGAUGUCCGCCCAACCAGAACAUCCAGCAUAGAGCACAGCAAAGAGAAGGACACUUUGGUGAGCUACAGCAGCGAUCCAGAGAACAAGCGGAAUUCGGUGAAGGAGUCCGACGAGAACAAGGAGAACCUGAUCAUGAACUCUGAAAUCAACGAGGACUCUGUUUUCUAUCAGGACGAAGAGGUUUUGAAUGAUUCCAUAAUUUCUGGUACUUUGCCAAGGAAAUGUAAGAAAGAGUUGCUGGCAGUGAAAUUGCGGAACAGGCCGAGCAAACAGGAGCUGGAAGACAGGAACAUUUUCCCAAGGAGAACCGAUGAAGAGAGACAGGAAAUACGCCAGCAAAUUGAAAUGAAACUCUCCAAGAGACUGAGCCAAAGACCUGCUGUUGAGGAGCUGGAAAGAAGAAACAUUUUGAAACAAAGAAAUGACCAAACCGAACAGGAGGAAAGGAGAGAGAUAAAACAGAGGCUGACCAGAAAGCUUAAUCAAAGACCCACAGUUGAUGAACUGAGAGACAGAAAAAUCCUAAUACGAUUCAGCGAUUAUGUGGAAGUGGCAAAAGCACAGGAUUACGACAGAAGAGCAGACAAGCCAUGGACACGGCUUUCGGCAGCAGACAAGGCAGCGAUUCGCAAAGAGCUGAACGAGUACAAAAGUAAUGAGAUGGAGGUGCAUGCAUCAAGCAAGCAUUUAACAAGAUUCCACAGGCCAUAGAGAUUUUCUUCUGAGAAGAAUUUGUCUACUUUUUUUGAUACCACUACUGAACGUGCAUUGGGGAAAGUACGAAGGUCUUUCCUAGAGGUUCGAUCUACGACAAGCUGAUGUUUAAUGUGCAAGGAGGACUCUGCAGACGAAAUCUCUGCAGCACACACACCGAACGAGGAGGAGCUACCAGAGGACGGCCUUCGCCAGGGAGCCGAACACCUGAGGGUUGGGAGGAUUUGUUGGGGGGAAAAUGACCGGCGUCGAGCUGAUCAAAGGGAAACCUCUGCUCUCCUUGACUACAUGUUUUAAACUGUAUUGCGACAUAUCUUGGGAUCGGAGAUGAUGUGCAUGUACAGGCUAUACCAUUCCAAGGCCUCUGACAUAACGGACAUGGCACACCAUCAUUCAGUAUUAUCAUGGUGACAAGACAUUUGGAACUUAUCACGAUUAAUUUGUAUAAAAAAACACUUUAAG